AUGAAACUCGCCGCUGUAGCGUCCCUAGUCCCUUCAGCGCUGGCGUGCUUGGGGUACGAAGGAGGUCUGCCGACUCCUACCUCGACCAAGACCAACAGCGCAGUCAUCGUUGUGGCAGCGGGGCAGACAUUCGAUGGCGGCUGGGCCAAGUAUGAUCGUGGCUCUGGCGCUUGCAAUGAUCAGGCCGAGGGUGGCGACUCAGAUGCUGUCUUCCUUCUGAAGGCUGGGGCCACGCUCAAGAACGUGAUCAUCGGCAAGAACCAAGCCGAGGGUGUGCACUGCGAUGGACCUUGCACGCUGGAGUUCGUCUGGUUUGAGGACGUCUGCGAGGAUGCCAUCUCCGUCAAAAACGACAAGGCUGGGGACCAAACCUGGAUCAUUGGCGGUGGCGCGUAUAAAGCUGGAGACAAGGUCGUGCAGCACAAUGGCUGCGGAACUGUCAACAUCAUCAAUUUCUAUGCCAAUGACUACGGCAAGCUCUACCGCUCCUGCGGCAACUGCAGCAAGCAGUGCAAGCGCAACGUCUAUGUCGAGGGAACCACGGCACGCAACGGCGGAGAGGUCGUGGGCAUCAACUCCAACUACGGCGACACGGCGACGUUGAAGAAUGUCUGCGCCGAUACCGCGCACCCGUGCCAGAUGUACACUGGCAACAGCAACGGAGGCGAGCCCAAGAAGGCAGGCUACUGUUCCGGUUAA